GCUCCAAAGGUAUAGUGCAACGAACGGCUUCAAGCCUAACGAAAGUAAAAAUGUCUCCCAUGUUGGUUUCGGUUUUGGUGCUUGUCGGAUUAUUUGGUCGGAUCGAGUGUGGUCUGCUGGAUAUGUUCGAUGCCAAUUCGGAUUACAACCUGGCCCAAUCGAUGGAUACGGUAUUCGGAGCUCUGCAGAACGAUAUCAGCUAUAUGCUAACGGGGGAUCUCACGACUACGGUGGAGGAGGAUGUCUCAUUUUGGUGUAGUAAUGGGAGCUCAAUCGCACUGAAGCAAACGAGGCUGAACGAUUCAAGUUUGAGUCGGAAGAUCGACAUUUCGAAAGAAGUGAUCUUCGUUAUCCACGGAUGGUUGGACGAUAUUUCUCGAAUGUGGUUUCAGCAGCUUGCGCAGGAUGUUCUAAAGUACACCGGAAGCAACGUGUGUGCCGUGAACUGGGGUCACUUGGCACGUUACAGAUAUUACAGAACUGCUGUGAAUCACACGGUGAUGGUUUCAGGGUAUCUGACCAAGUUUGUUCAGUAUCUCGAGUCUGCUGGAGUGCCGUUGAGUAACAUCACCAUGGUCGGUCACAGCAUGGGAGCCCAGAUAAGUGGUCAGGUUGGAUACAAUCUUGGAGGAAAAAUCGGGCGGAUCUACGGUUUGGAUCCAGCAGGACCAUGCUUCACUCUUCCCAGGGACCGAGGAAUGCAGUACCGGUUGGAUCGCAGUGACGCCAUGUACGUGCAGACCAUAAUCACAUCACGCCUUACCAUUGGAGUUGGCGUCGGAGAUGGGCACGAAAAUUUCUACCCUAACGGUGGAGUUUCUCCACAAACCAACUGUGUCAUUCCGUUAACCAGUGAUGCCGAAUUUGCCGGUCAGAUCCUGUGUAGUCAUAUGCAUGCUGCCACACUGUUUCGGCUGGCGCUGAAUCCGGCCAAUGUUUACCGCGGGAAGAAAUGCAUUAACUGGCCGGCUUACAUGCUGAGUUUUUGCGGUUUGAAUAAAGCCAACUUGCUCGGAAUUCGUAGUGACAGAUCCGGUGGGGAUUAUUUUUUGCGGACGUCGGCAUUUUCACCGUACACUGUUAGGUUCUAGUAGGUUUGUAGCACAAAACAACUUAUUUUACAGUUAAACCUUAUUUCUUUUAACAGUAAUUUAUAAUUAUUUGAAAUCUAAAA